CUGACUUUGGCAUUACGAACGAAGUAUUUGGAUUUAAUUCUAUAUCUUAUUUUUAAUUGUUUACCCGUAAUUUCGACUGUUUUACUAUGAAUAACAGUAAAUACAAACACACAUCCAUGGUGGAUAUGCGUCGGUCAGGGCGGGACUCCCUGCAAUGUUCACUCUGCAGGAACAAUUCAGCCCACACUAACUUGCUCACAUGUCCAUCUGGUCACAUCUAUUGUGAUCUAUGCAACAAACAUGAAAACAAGGAAACGAAUCAAAUCUACAAAAAUGUGAAGUUUAAUGAAAGUAGAACCAGUACAGUCAGUAAAAGCGAGUCAACCGAUGCCAGUACCGCCCCUUUCAGAUACGACUUGAGUUCCAUAUUGAAAAAACACAAGAAAAACGAGGAACCCAAACCUGUUUCAAGACCCGUGUCUUGCCCUGUUCAGGAAUGUGCUAAGGUGAUAGCCAGAAACAAUGUUCUGCUACACUUCUGCUAUGAUCACGCGAAAAUACCUCGACUCUAUAACCUAAAUACGACAACGGAAACAAGGAUUUUACAUGUUAAAAUUACUGAAUUUAUAGAAAAGUCACGAUGUUAUGCUGUUGUAUUACCCACUACAAAUUCGAAUACAUUUACAAAUGAUAAUAAUCAACACACUGAAUCGUCUUUCAUAUUGAAUAAUAGUUACAAUAAUCACUCGCCUCUACUGUUAAUGGGCGCUACAUUUUCCAAAACAGUUCGAAAUUUAACGCAAACUGAAGGAAACAACAGGACAUCAUCAUCUAAAAGUGCCAAUUCUAUUGACCCUGAUGAUGCUAAAGGAUUUGAAGAUUAUGUAAAGAAAAAAACACCUGACAAGAAUUUAGUAUUAUGGAUGUGUAAAGUUAGUGAUACUACUAGCAGUUACAGUGUAACGGUGAUAAGUGAAGAUAAACGUAUAGGUCAUAGUUAUAUAGGACAAGCUAUUCAUAUAAAGGAGCCUCAAGAUGCAUUUUCGAUCUACGACCGGGCUGAAUGCCUCGUUAUACUUAGUGGAGCUAUAAAUAAAAUCAUCAACGAGCAAUGUCAGUUACAAAUUAUAAUUAAUAUUUUAGACUAAUAAAGUACAUUAAAAUACAAAA